AUGGGCGCGGGCCUGGCUGCCGCUUCCUACGCGCCCGCUGUCCGAGCGGCUGAGAAGCGAUCGCGGCGACCCUGCCCGCCGGGCGCCGGCCCAGCCCUUGCCGCCAUGCCCAGCUCGGCGCUGUGGGCGGUGGACCUCUUCGGGAGGGUGUACACACUCUCCACAGCCGGGCAGUACUGGGAGCUGUGUAGGGACACCCAGCUGGAGUUCAAGCGGGUCAGCGCGGCCACUCAGGGCUGCUGGGGCAUCGCCUGCGACAACCAGGUCUACGUGUACGUGUGCGCCAGUGACGUCCCCAUCCGCUGCCAGGAGGAGGCCUAUGAGAAUCAGCGCUGGAACCCUGUGGGGGGCUUCUGCGAGAAGCUCCUGCCGAGUGACCGCUGGCCGUGGAGCGACGUGAGUGGGCUCCAGCAUCGGCCGCUGGACGGGGUGGCGCUGCCCUCGCCGCACUGGGAAUGGGAGUCCGACUGGUACGUGGAUGAGAACUUUGGAGGGGAACCCACCGAGAAAGGGGGGUGGACAUAUGCCAUGGACUUCCCUGCCACUUACACGAGGGACAAGAAGUGGAAUUCUUACGUGAGGCGGCGGAGGUGGAUCCGGUACAGGAGAUACAAGUCCCGCGACACCUGGGCCAAGAUCCCUUCAAAGGAUGACCCCAAACAGCUGCCCGACCCCUUCAACGACCUCUCCGUGGGGGGGUGGGAGAUCACAGAGGAGCCCGUGGGCCACCUGUCCGUGUGGGCUGUGUCUCUGCAGGGAAAGGUGUGGUACAGAGAGGACGUCAGCCACCCCAACCCAGAAGGCUCAUCGUGGUCCCACGUGGACACUCCGGGGGAGGUGGUCCAGAUCAGCUGUGGGCCUCACGACCUCCUGUGGGUCACGCUCUGGGAGGGGCAGGCCUUGGUUCGGGAAGGAAUCAACAGGAACAACCCCAAAGGAAGUUCCUGGUGCCUAGUGGAGCCUCCCACCUCUGAAAACGGCAUCAUGCACGUCUCCGUGGGAGUGGGCGUGGUCUGGGCCGUCACCAAGGACCGGAAAGUGUGGUUCCGCAGAGGCGUCAACUCGCACAACCCCUGUGGCACCAGCUGGAUCGAGAUGGUUGGAGAAAUGACGAUGGUGGACGUGGGGCUCAACGACCAGGUCUGGGGCAUCGGCUAUGAGGACCGGGCCGUGUACUUCCGGCAUGGCGUCACCCCGAGCGAGCUCAGUGGGAAGAUGUGGAAGGCCAUUGUCGCCAGCCGAGUGUGUGACCGGUCGCACUCCGGCAGCUCCUCAAGUCUCCUCAGCGCUGGCUGUUUCUUUGGUGACGAGGUGAGGGUCAGUGGCGAUUCCUGCGCGCCGAGCGACACGGAUGCCUCCUCGGAAGCUGAGAGACCAGGGCCUGAGCAGCCUGUCCCUGCAGAGUCUCCGGAAAGUCCCGGCAACUCCAAGGGCAGCUCGGCCUCAGGCCCAGGCACCACCAAGACCGCAGAGCAUGCCUUGGAGGGUGCCAGCCCGGCUGAUGGGACCCCGGGGCCUGAGCCUUGCCCUGGCCAGGCCUCCACCCCUGCCGAGCUGCCCUGGACCAGUAUCGACCUGAAGGAGCCCAAGAAAGCGCCCAGCCACUCCGCUGAGACCACCGGCCUCUCCUCGCUGGAGAUGCUCCCACUGGGCUUGGAGGAGCCCUACUGCGCUGACGACCACCCGCUGUGGGUCUGGGUGUCAGGAGGAGGCUGUGCCGUGGAGGCCCACACUGUGCUCAAGUGGUUCACCGCGCAGUCGGGCCUGUCUUCCUCCACGCAGACACUGUCCCUGUCCAUCACGCCGGCCCAGACCGCCGCCUGGCGGAAGCAGAUCUUCCAGCAGCUGACGGAAAGGACCAAGCGGGAGCUGGAGAACUUCCGACACUACGAACAGGCCGUGGAGCAGUCCGUGUGGGUGAAGACGGGGGCCCUGCAGUGGUGGUGCGACUGGAAGCCCCACAAGUGGGUGGACGUCCGCGUGGCCCUGGAGCAGUUCACGGGGCACGACGGGGCCCGGGACAGCAUCCUCUUCAUCUACUACGUGGUCCACGAGGAGAAGAAGUACCUGCACGUGUUCCUCAAUGAGGUGACGACACUGGUCCCCGUGCUCAAUGAGGACAAGCACUCCUUCGCCCUGUACACCCCCGAGAGGACCCGGCAGAGGUGGCCCGUGCGUCUGGCUACUGCCACCGAGCAGGACAUGAAUGACUGGCUGGCCCUGCUCAACCUGUCCUGCUGUGAGAGCCGGCGGGUCCUCGGCCGCCCCUCCCUGCAGGCCAUCUGGUCCAUCACCUGCAAGGGCGACAUCUUCGUGAGUGAGCCCAGCCCGGACCUGGAGGCCCCUGAGCACCCGCUGCCCUGCGACCAGAUGUUCUGGCGGCAGAUGGGCGGCCACCUGCGGGUGGUGGAGGCCAGCAGCCGGGGCGUGGUGUGGGGCAUCGGCUACGACGGCACAGCCUGGGUGUACACAGGUGGCUACGGAGGAGGCUGCUUCCAAGGCCUGGCCAGCAGCACCGGUAACAUCUACCCGCAGUCAGAUGUGAAGUGCGUCUACAUCUAUGAGAACCAGCGCUGGAACCCCGUCACGGGCUACACCAGCAGGGGUCUUCCCACGGACCGGUACAUGUGGAGCGACGCCACGGGGCUGCAGGAGUGCACCAAGGCGGGCACGAAGCCCCCCUCCCUUCAGUGGAGCUGGGUUUCUGACUGGUCCGUGGACUUCAGCGUUCCUGGGGGCACUGACCAAGAUGGGUGGCAGUAUGCCAGUGACUUCCCUUCCUCAUAUCACGGGUACAAAACCAUGAGGGAUUUUGUCAGGAGGAGGUGCUGGGCCAGGAAAUGCAAGCUGGUGACCAGCGGGCCCUGGCUGGAAGUGCCCCCCAUCGCCCUCAGGGACGUGUCCAUCAUUCCCGAGAGCCCGGGCGCCGACGAGAGUGGGCACAGCAUCGCACUCUGGGCCGUCAGUGACAAGGGGGACGUGCUGUGCCGCCUGGGUGUGUCCGAGCUCAACCCCGCGGGCGCCUCCUGGCUGCACGUGGGCACCGACCAGCCCUUCGCCUCAGUCUCCAUCGGGGGCUGCUGCCAGGUGUGGGCCGUGGCGAGGGACGGCUCUGCCUUCUACAGGGGCUCCGUGUCCCCCUCCAAGCCGGCCGGUGACUGCUGGUACCACAUCCCGUCUCCUGCCAAGCAGAGGCUGAAGCAGGUGUCUGUGGGCCAGACGUCCGUGUACGCUGUGGAUGAGAAUGGGAACCUGUGGUACCGCCAGGGGGUCACGCCCAGCUACCCGCAGGGCUCCAGCUGGGAGCACGUGUCCAACAAUGUGCGCCGAGUGUCCGUGGGGCCCCUGGACCAGGUCUGUGUUCCAGGUCUGGGUCAUUGCCAACAAAGUCCAGGGCAGCCACAGCCUGAGCCAGGGAACCGUGUGUCACCGCACAGGCGUGCAGCCGCUGGAGCCCAAGGGGCAGGGCUGGGACUACGGCAUCGGGGGGGGCUGGGACCACAUCUCCAUCCGGGCCAAUGCCACCAGGGCUCCCAGGAGCACAUCCCAGGAGACGGCUGGCGAGCAGGGCCUCCCCAGCGGGCCCUCGAGUGUGGCCGGUGCCUUGCAGGAGGCCGUGGGCCCCGUCUGCUGCUGAGGCCACCUCCCUCACCUGGUGGUGCCGUCUGAGGAACCCGUCGGAGUGAGCCUCUCUGUGCUGAAAUGUGGGUCCUGGCGUGGCUUGCGGGGACCUGGCCUGCGGUCACAGCUCAGGCACCAGAAACAGCCCAGAAAUGUGAAGCUGUGGACGUCCCCCACACUGUCCCUGCGAGCACGGAGGCGCUGGUGUGGAGUGGGCGCCCUCACCCGGCCUCUCCCACCCGUCCGUUCCCCCUCAGCCUCCGCCUUCCCAGGGCGGGAACCUAGAGCCUGGAACCUCCAGGAAGGCUGGCCCCUGGGAAAGCCGAGCCCCCCAGAGCCCCCGGUGGCCCAGGGGUCCAAACGCAGAAGUAGCUGGGGGCUCGGGGCCGUGGCCCACGCUGUGAUCUUUCUCAGCACGGGACUUGCAGAUACAGUCUCAUUCCAAAGGUCAAGGGCGGGGUUGGCAGGUCCGAAACAAAUGCUGGAGAGGUGUGCCCUUCCCCAGGUGGGCAUGGGCCCCGCGGGUGGACAGAGGACCGACGGCCUGGGAGAAGUGGUUGGAGUGUCAGCUGGCCCCUCUCCGGAUGGGGCUGGGGCUGGGACAUCAUGCAGGGGAGGGGCAGGGAUGGAGACCGAGGCCCAGCCAGGCGGUAGGAGGGCACCUCCCAAGCGCCCCCUCCUGUCCCGCAGCUUCUGGCUGCUUUUUAUCCGACGACGCCCCAGUCCGUAAAGUCCCCAGUUUGCUUCCUACAACCAGUCCAGGUCUCCGAGCUGCUCUCACCCUCAGGUCCCAUUGGUGGGUUGUCCUGACCACCACGCGCCCUCCUGAGUGGCCACACCUGAGAGCAGCCCAGGCACUGGGCCCCCCCUGACCCGUGCAGGACGGCUGGGACGGUGGAGUGUGACCACAUAGCCCUUCCCAGGGGCUUCCCCCGCAUGCUGGCAGGAGGGCUCAGUACCUCCUUCGAGGUGCCCUCCCCGGGGACAUUUGAGGGUGCCAGCAGCCUCUGCAUUUGCAGGUGGGACCAGGAGGCGUGAGUCUGAGCCCAGGGCCCAGAGGGGCCUUGUGGGGUUGCCAGUCUCGGUCUGUUUACAUCCCUUCGUCAGGGGCUGCCUGGGCAUUAAGGUUCAAUCUACAGCAGCUGCUGUCCUCUCGCUGUGACUCCCCGUGGCCGGUCUCCCCCUGUCCUUCCUCUCACUGCUGAGCACCAACUGUUUACCUGCUCAGCAUCACUGAACCCUCUUGAGUCCCAGAUGCUUUAUUCAAUUAAAACUUACA